AUGUCUUUACUCGUGCUAUCCGCUGCCGACGUAGAGAGGGCGACGGCAUCGAUGUCGCCCAACGAGCUGCAGAUCCUUAUGGCCAGCGUCUUCCGCACCCUCUCGCGCGGGGACAGAUGGCUCUCGUCGACGCCGCACCGGACGUCUAUCUCGAUGUCUCAGCACACGGCAUUAUUCAUGCCUGCGCGGAUCGCUACUGAUGCGCUCACGGGGACGACGGUCAAGGUCGUUUCCGUUCCGUCCUCGCCAGGUGAUACCCGUGGGCUGCCGGGUUCGACGCUAGUGCUGGACGAAGAUACUGGCGCUGUGAAGGCUAUCGUGAAUUCGAGGAGUCUAACUGCGCUGCGUAACGCUGCUGGGUCUCUCCUAUCAUCGCGCAUUGUGGGUAUCGACGAACCUACCGCAAUUACUACCUUUGGCUCCGGGAAGCAGAUUGAGGCGCAUCUACACCUCUUCCUGCGCGCUUACCCAUCGGUUUCCCGCUGCAGCAUCGUAAACAGGAGCGCGAACGAGCGGUUGACGAAGCUGGCGGACGCGCUGCGGACAGCGUUCCCGCAUGUCACUGUCGAAACAUUCAGCACAUCUGCUCCGGCGCAGGCAGGCGAGAGAGUCGAAGCAGCGGUUCGCUCCGCUGACAUCGUCAUCUGCGCGACAUCCUCGACCGCGCCACUCUGCCCCUCCUCGUGGGUGCAGCCCGGGGCGCACGUCGUGCUCAUCGGGAGCUAUAAGCCGCACAUGAAGGAGGUGGACAGCGAGCUCGUGCAUCGGGCGCUGGCGGGCGCGCUCAUCGUGGACUCGCGCGACGCGUGCGCGCAGGAAGCGGGGGAGCUGCUGGAAGCGAAGGUCGACAUGGCGGCUGUUCAUGAGAUUGGGGAACUGGUUGAGGUGGACGGGGAGGGUAAUCUGAAGACGACGCUACCUAAAUUGCAAACGAAGGAGCAGGAAGGCGGUGUGACGAUGUUCAAGUCGGUCGGCGUCGGUCUACAGGAUGUGGCAAUUGCAUGCGCUGCAGUCGACAAGGCGCGCGCUAUGGGACUAGGUACCACGGUGGAAGGGUACGAUAGUUAG